AUGGCCUAUGACCGCUAUGUGGCAAUUUGUCACCCACUGACAUGCACAGUCAUCAUGAGCAUUCGCCUCUGUGGCCUGCUGUUUCUACCUUCCUUGUUCAUUAGGAUCAUGAGUGCCUUGUUCCACGGUCUGAUGGUGUUGCAACUGUCCUUCGGCCCAGAUCCGGAAAUUCCUUACUUUUUUUGUGAAGUUCUUCAGGUCAUUGAGGUUGCCUGUUCUGAUGCCCUCCUCAAUAACAUCUUCUCAUAUUUUGCAGCUACCGUAUUAUGUGGUGUUCCUCUCUGUGGAAUCAUUUUCUCUUAUAUACAAAUUGCUUCCUCCAUUUUGAGAAUGCCAUCAGCAGGUGGAAAGUAUAAAGCUUUCUCCACCUGUGGGUCUCACCUCUCAGUUGUUUCCUUGUUUUAUGGGACGGGCUUAGGCACGUAUGUUAGUGCUGCAUUUACACACUCUUCCAGGAAGACUGCAGUAGCUUCAGUGAUGUACACUGUGGCCACUCCCAUGAUGAACCCCUUUGUCUAUAGCCUGAGAAACAGGGAUGUGAAGGGGGCUUACAGAAAAAUUUUCAGGAGCAUAACUGCUUUUCAGUGA